AUGGCCUGCUGCUCCACCAGCUUCUGCGGAUUCCCCAGCUGCUCCACCAGUGGAAACUAUGGCUCCAGCUGCUGCCAGCCCAGCUGCUGCGGGUCCAGCUGUGGUAUUGGGGGUGGCUUUGGGGGUGGCUGUGGCCAGGAGGGUGGCUGCGGAGCUGUGAGCUGCCGCAUCAGGUGGUGUCGCCCUGACUGCCGCGUGGAGGGCACCUGCCUGCCCCCCUGCUGCGUGGUGAGCUGCACACCCCCAACCUGCUGCCAGCUGCACCACGCCCAGGCCUCCUGCUGCCGCCCAUCCUACUGUGGACAGUCCUGCUGUCGCCCAGCCUGCUGCUGCUACUGCUGCCCACCCACCUGCUGUGAGCCCAUCUGCUAA